AGACCGUGCUCUUUUGUGUAUGACAUGGACCGUCUAACUCUGAUUGUGGAAAUAAAACCUGAAUUCAUCCUCAACACGUCUGUGUACUGUGCAUGUGGGUCCGACGCCUGCCCAAGCCUGACACUCCAUUAGUCAGGACAGUUAUUAAGAUACCUGUUUUUAAAUAAUUGUCUAAACUGUGUGAGAUGUGACUUCCUCUUUCUUGGUUUGGGCAUGUCCAUGUGUUUGCUGUAUUUAUACAGCAGUCAGAGCCGUACACACUCCAGACGCUCCAUCAGUCCAGGACCCAGGAUGCCUUCCUCCACUACCUGCGCUUUGUCCUUUAUGUGUUUGACUCUUCUGCUUCUCCUUGCUUCACAAGGAUGCAGAGGACAGAGUCCGCCGAUUCACAGUCCACCUGGUGUGGGUCUCAACUGCUGCCUGCGUGUCUCAAAGGCCACAAAAAAUGAAACAGUAGUUAAUUGUUACAUUCAGGAGAAACACACGUUUGGCAGCUGUCGAAUUGACGCAUACAUUUUGAUCACUGAGAGCGGUGAACAGAGGUGUGUUAACCCAAAAGCUAAGUGGCUUCCAACACGCCUUGCACGUUUAGAGGAAAAAGGAAUAUACUGCCGCAAAGUGUGAAACAGCCAAGAAGAUGAUGCAACAUGACUUUUCUCAGCAGAAAUGUAUUUUUGUUUCACUUCUCUAAUACUUGAGACACUUGUACUGUGUUUGAAAACCUACUUGGCAAUAAACUUGUUUGAAAUUCAAAUUUUUUAAGUGUUAUCUUCUGCUGUGAAAACACCGUUCCCUCCAGGCGGGUUCCGUGUUUCACCAACAACAAAUCGUGGGUCACCGCUGAUAUUAAAGUUCUGCUAAAGGAGAAGAAGAGAGCAUUUAAAUCAGGGGACAGGGAGGAGCUGAGGAGGAAAAUCCAUGAGGGAAAGGCCAAUUACAGGAGGAAGAUGGAGCAGCAGCAGCAGAACAAUGUCAGUGAGGUGUGGAGAAGCCUGAACACCAUCUCAGGCUUCAGAGCUCCACACCCACAGGCUGAGGGGGACCUGAGCUCAUACUUUAAUAGGUUUGACCAAGCACCCACUCAACUCUGACAUCACACCUGAUGAAGACACUGGAGAGACUGGUCCUGGGUCACCUCCGCUCUGCGGUGGGAACCUACCUGGACCCGCUGCAGUUCACCUACCGACACGGCAUAGGAGCAGACGACGCCGUCAUCUUCCUCCUACAUCGAGCUCUUUCUCACCUAGAGAAGCCCGGCAGCACUGUGAGGAUCAUGUUCUUUGACUUCAAAUAACAAAUUAUCUGUGCAAGAUUUGUGCAAACUGGUACUUAUUGUAUUGAAGACUUAUAUUCAUUACUGUGCAAUAGCCCUUCAAUGACCUCAUACUCACUCCAACUGUACUGUACUGCGUCGUACUGUGCUAACACAAACUGUUCUGUAGCUGUAUUCUCUCUA